GUGUUUACAGCUGGCCUAGAAACAGUUACUUUGUUUAACAGAAAGCGUUUGAGGUAGUGGUUUUGGUGGGAAGAGCUGGUCGUAGAUCAGCUUUUCAAUAAUAUCCGGGACUCUCGUGUGACAGUCAGCUGAUAGUAUUAGGUGUGUUUCUAUAUUUUUCCUCAGUACAGUACUCCAGAUAGAUCUAGUUGCAAUUAGAUUUGGUGAUUUAACAAUAGUCUAAAACCAACCGGUAAGAACUGGUAUUUGGUUUGAAAAAAUGGCAGCACACCCGCCAAAGACAAAGAUUCUGAUAAGUGCAAAUAAAAGGUUGCAAAAUCUGAAAGAGGCCUUCGAGAAAAAGUAUGGAGAAGCUCCUCUUUUUUAUGCUCAAGCUCCUGGAAGAGUCAAUCUAAUAGGAGAACACAUCGACUACUGUGGUUAUGCUGUGCUCCCAAUGGCUAUUGAGCAGAGUAUUCUGGCUGCUGUCACUGUCAAUGAUUCCAAGAAAAUCUACCUGGCCAACACAGAACCUAAAUACAAGGACUUCACAGUCUCUUCAGAAGAUAUUGAGAUAGACAAGGACAAUCCUCAGUGGUACUAUUACUUUCUCUGUGGGGUGAAAGGGAUUCAGGAGCACCUAGGGAAGGUUCCUCUGUCUGGGAUGAAGUGUGUUGUGGACGGGACCAUCCCGGCUAGCUCAGGCCUGUCCAGCUCCAGUGCCCUGGUCUGCUGUGCUGCGCUCCUCACUAUGGAGGUUAACCACAAGUCCCUCAACAAGGUGGCGCUGGCGGAGAUUUCAGCCAAGUGUGAGCGCUACAUUGGCACUGAGGGUGGGGGCAUGGACCAGUCCAUCUCAUUCCUGGCAGAGGAAGGAACUGCCAAGCUGAUUGAGUUCCACCCUCUGCGGGCGUCUGACGUACGUCUCCCUGAAGGAGCAGUGUUCGUCAUCUCUAACUGCUGCGUUGAGAUGAACAAGGCUGCGACGUCUCACUUCAACAUCCGGGUGGUCGAGUGUCGCAUAGCCACCAAGAUGUUGGCGAAGGCUCGGGGGUUAGAGUGGAGCCGGCUGCUGAAGCUGUCCCAGGUGCAGACAGAGCUGGAGGCCUCUCUGGAGGAGAUGCUGCGGCUGGUGGCUGAGGUGCUGCACCCUGAGCCCUACAGCAGAGAGGAGGUCUGCAAGGCCCUGGGAAUCACCACAGAACAGCUCUGUACAGACCUCCUUAGCCCCAACACACAGCACGUGACCCAGUUCAAGCUGUACCAGCGGGCCAGGCAUGUAUACGGUGAGGCGGCACGUGUACUGCGGUUCAAGAGCGUGUGUGAUGAGGCUCCCUCCGCCCCGAACGGCGUGCAGCGUCUCGGAGACCUGAUGAAGCAGAGUCAUUCUAGCUGCAGAGACCUCUACGAGUGCAGCUGUCCAGAACUGGACCAGCUGGUAGAGAUAUGUCUGCAGUCUGGUGCGGUGGGAUCCCGGCUGACCGGAGCAGGCUGGGGAGGCUGUGCUGUCUCCAUGGUCCCCACUGACAAGGUGGAGUCUUUCCUAAAGAGCGUCAGAGAGUUGUACUACACGUCAGACCCACGCAGAGCCGAGCUAGAGAAACACAGUCUGUUUGUCACCAAGCCUGGUGGAGGGGCGGCCAUCUUCCUUGAAGAGUGACAUCAAAAUUGCUUCUCUUUACAAUUUUGAGGUGAAAUGUUUUCCGUCUGGUUUCACCUUUUCAGUAUUUUUUUUUUAUACUAUAAUUUUAGGCAUGACUCUAUGACUAAUUCUAAUGCCAAAAUUAUACAGUUGAGGAUUCUGGAAUUUCAAGGGCAAUGAUAAUCAAAGCCUGGUCCCAGAUCUGUUGUCUCCUUCUAUAGCCUGGACCCAGAUCUGUUGUCUACUUCUAUAGCCCGAUCUCAGAUCUGUUGUGUCCUUCUAUAGCCUGGUUCCAGAUCUGUUGUCUCCUUCUAUAGUCUGAUUCCAAAUCUGUUUGUCCUCUUGCCAACUUCAUUGCUUAAUUUUCAAGCCAAACAUGACAAGAAGUUGGCAUGAUAGCACAAAAAGACCUGCACUAUUUUAUAGGGGCAAAAAUUAUGACAUUUAUAACUAAGAACUGAAGUUAUAAUUAGUGUUAAAACUAAUGAUUCAAGAUCAACUUCUUUACAAGAAAGGGGACUUUAUUCUGGGAGUGUAAUGAUUUCAGUUAGUAAGGGACAGUGCUAUAUAUAGUACAAUAAUUUUCCACACAGUGCAGUACUACAUUCCUUCCAUUGCUGUGUUUGUGUGUGUUGUAUGUUUUGAAGGAGUAAAGGGCUUUUGUUUA